CCCAGGUAUAGCCGCUUAAACACACACUUUCACGUGUUUUGAGGCGCAUUUCAAGAAAGCGAGUCUUCACCAGAUCACCCUAGUCGGGAUUUUAAUCGGGAAAAAAGGUUUCUAAGAUCGUCAGGAUGAAUCCUCAGCAGCGGAUUGCCGCUCUCGGAACAGACAAGGAAUUAAGUGACCUGCUGGAUUUUAGUGCGAUGUUCUCUCCACCUGUAAGCGGAGCGAAAAACAGGCCCACAACACUUGGAAGCAGCCAGUUCAGUGCAUCAGGUAUGGAUGAGCGGACCAACCAAGCAUCCUGGGCCCCAGGUGGCGAGUCCAGUCCUUCCUAUGAGUCCUCCAGGGGUUUUGCAGACAGCCCUCAUUACGGCGAUCAUUUGAGUGACAGUCGAUUAGUGUCCCAUGAAGGAUUGUCCCCAACACCUUUUGUGAACUCGAACAUAAUGGGUAAAUCAGAGAGAGCUUCAUUUCAAGGCUAUGGGAGGGAUCCUGCGGCACCUGGCUGCCAGUCUUCUCUGAGGUCAGACAUCGCGUUGUCUAGUCCUAGUUCAGUGACUGCGUCGGGGAAGUCAGCUGCUCCUUUUUACUCCUUCACUGCAGCCAAUCCCAGAAGACGUCCUCUACAAGAUACUCCGCCCAUUGAUCCUCUACAAACAAAAAAGGUUCGCAAGGUCCCUCCUGGCCUGCCUUCAUCUGUGUACGCACCAUCCCCAAACUCAGAGGACUUCAACAGAGAUUCACCCUCUUACUCCUCUCCUAAGCCCUCCAGCAGUAUGUUUGCAAGCACUUUCUUUGAUGGUACCCACAGUUCGACUGACCCAUGGAACUCGUCCAAUGGGAUCAGUCAGCCCGGCUACGGUGGAAUGCUCGCAGGAACUUCAUCUCACAUGCCACAGUCAGGGAACUACAGCAGCCUGCACUCACACGACCGUUUGAACUACCCCGCACACUCAGUCUCCCCGGACAUCAAUGCCAGUCUUCCUCCCAUGUCCAGCUUCCAUCGAAGCAACACCAGCACUUCACCAUUCGUCACUGCGGCUCACACUCCGUCCGUCAACACAGCCGAUGGGGUCAUGGGUACGUUCUCAUCCGCUGCAAAUCGGGGGAACGCCACUGGAAGCUCACAGACUGGAGAUGCACUAGGCAAGGCUUUAGCCUCGAUUUACUCGCCUGACCACACUAGCAGUAGUUUUCCAUCCAACCCGUCAACACCUGUGGGUUCUCCUUCACCUCUGACUGCCACAGCAGGUACCAACCAGUGGCCCCGCGCUAGUGGACAGGCCCCCUCCUCUCCGAAUUACGAGAACUCCCUUCACUCCCUGAAAAACAGAGUUCAUCAGCAGUUACAUGAGCAUCUUCAGGAUGCCAUGUCUUUCUUAAAGGAUGUCUGCGAGUCUCGGAUGGAGGAUCGUCUGGACAGACUGGAUGAUGCAAUCCUUGUUCUGAGGAACCAUGCCGUGGGCUCCACUGCCAGUCUGCCCAGCGACAUACACAGUCUGCUGGGACAGGCACAAAAUGGGCCAAUAGCAGCCAUUGGAGCAAACUUCGCUGCCUCUGCAUUGGUUCCAAGUCGGACAGCAGCGAUGGGUGGUGCCCACGCUGAUGAUGCUGCCAGUCUGAACAGCAGCCAUGGAGGCCUGCAGAGUGCUGGCUCUACAUCCAGCGCAGAACUGAACCACCAAGUGGAAGCAUUCAGAGGUCUUGCUUCAGGCCUAGUUGGGCAGGUGGCUGCUGCACUGGAGCUGAAGAUGGAGAAACAUGACAAGGAUGACAUGAAUGAUAACCUCUCCAUUGAUGGCAAGUCAGAUGAUGAAAGUGACAAAAGAGACAUGAAGACACCUCGGACCGGCACACGCACAAGUUCUAUCUCUCACAGUAUCACCGAAGACGAAGACCUGAACCCAGAGCAGAAGGCCGAGCGUGAGCGUGAGAGGAGGAUGGCCAACAAUGCUCGUGAACGCCUGAGGGUGCGAGACAUCAACGAGGCCUUCAAAGAGCUGGGUCGCAUGUGCCAGCUGCACCUGAAGAGCGAGAAGCCACAGACUAAACUGCUCAUCCUCCAUCAGGCCGUGGCCGUCAUACUCAGCUUGGAACAGCAAGUUAGAGAGCGGAAUCUGAACCCCAAAGCAGCCUGCCUUAAGAGAAGGGAGGAGGAAAAGGUGUCCGGGGGCUCCGAUGAAGCCCAACAAGGCCACACAGGGGUCCAUCCAGGCCUGACUGACACAUCCAACCCCAUGGGCCACCUCUGAGUGGACAACAGAUCAAAGUGAUCCCAGAUCAUAUCUGUCCCGUUUGAGUCGGUGACCUUGCUUCCCAGUGACAGACAGGACUCACAGUUUGUGUCACCAAUUGGAGGAGACAGACCACUUGAAGCGAAAACCACAAGACUAACACAAUCCAAUCCUAAGAUUGAAGAGGAGCCCAACGUCCAGCUCUCUGUGUCCAGUUACCAUCUGCAAAUU